AUGUCUGAUACUGUAUCAGAAAAUUCUUCUAAAAAAACUAAAAGAGGCCGUAAAGAAGAUGAUGUUUGGGAUCAUUUUACUAAAGAAUCUAUAGGAGAAGGUCACUAUUCAGCAGUAUGUUCAUAUUGUUCUGAAAAAUGGAGUAGAGGACGACCAGAUGAAUUAAAAUCUCAUUUAGCAUUAUAUUGUGAUGGUGUACCAAAUGAUAUUAAAAUAGAAUAUUUAGAAAUAUUGGCUACUAUUA